AACUUCUCCCCUUCGCUCGCCUCCAACCUCUCUUCCUCCCCGACCCGAGGCGGCGGCGACCCUAGCUUCCCGAUUCUCCCAUCCCCCCCAUGGCGUCCCACCUCGACUUCCGCUACCUCGACGAGGGCCUCGGCGGCGAGCGCGGGAAGCGCAAGCGCCGCGAGGCGGAGGAGGCGGCCGCCGCCGACUCCAUGGACCUCGACGCCGACGCCGACGCGCCGAGGCCGUCCAAGCUCCGCGCGGUGCCCUCCCUGUCCGACCCCUCCAAGCCCGCCUCCUUCGGGCAGCCCACCUACGACGGCGUCAUCGCCGGGCGCGUCUCCGGGCGGCGCUGGAAGGAGGCCCGCACCCGCCGCGCCUCCGCGCUGGCGGCGUCCCGGAAGCCGACCCCGCUGGAGCAGCGCGCCCGCGACAAGUCCCUGAAGCGCGCGUACCAGGCCCGCGUGGCGGAGCUCAAGGAGGAGAUCCGGCAGAGCAAGGCGGCGAAGCGGAAGCAGCGGGAGGAGCGGGAGAAGCGCAAGAAGGAGAACGUGCUCCGCUCGGGCACCAAGCUGCAGCGGGUCACCAACCCCAAGACCAUCCAGAAGAUCGCCAAGUCCAAGAAGCGGAAGCAGCUCAAGGUCGUCCCCGACGAGUUCCUCGGCGGCAAGAAGUCGGACGCCAACCGCCGCAUGCAGGUGCCCGGCCUAGACAACUGAAGAUCGCCUUACCAAACAAAUCCUUUUGUUAUCUGUGAUACCCAUGUUACAGUGCAGCUUACUAGUUUUUACAUUGCGCAACGAGAUUUUGUACUAAUGCUUUAGCAUGAGAUUUUAAGUAUGGUCAAUCCAGCAAUUAUGUUGGUAUGAAUGAUGUUGGGUGCAGGUUCGUUGCUGAUUUUCUGUGUUC